AACCAUACCUCUCUUCCGCUCGCCUCCCUUCUCUUGCUGCUGCUGAUUGAACCUCUCUUCUGCUCGUCUUCUUGUGUUCAGACGACGCCCGUCCAUCAAAUAGCGAACUAGCUUGCGAGCUAAUUUACUUUGGAUUACUUCAGCGAAAGUAGGUGGGAGUUAAAACGUAUCUUUAAGCCAGUUCGGUAGCUAUCUAGAUUUCUUCAGUCAGCAACUCUCACGAUGUUAUUUAGCCCAACCUCUUUUAACGAAUGUUUACAAGAAUGGGAAGAUCUCGAAAAGGACUUUCAACAAGUUCAGGAGACCCAUCGCCUCUACAAACAAAAGCUGGAGGAGGUUUCCAAAUUACAGAAUAGCUGUUCCACUUCUAUUUCACGACAGAAGAAAAGGCUAAAAGAGCUUUCAGCUUCACUUGAAGAAUGCAAACAGAAAGGGAACCCAGAGGACAUAAGCACUAUAGAUGAGAUCCAAGAAUCAAUGAAAGAAAGACCAAAUGUAUUUUUCGAGAUGGAGGCCUUUCUUCCAAAGAAAAAUGGGUUAUACCUCAGUCUUGUGCUUGGAAACGUGAAUGUUACCCUCCUUAACAAACAGGCCAAAUUUGCCUAUAAAGACGAAUACGAGAAAUUCAAGCUCUACCUGACUGUCAUACUUCUACUUUUCUCUUUUACGUGUCAGUUUGUGGUCAGCUACAGAGUGCUUGAUGUACUUUUCAACUUUCUUUUGGUGUGGUAUUACUGCACAUUGACGAUAAGAGAGAGUAUACUAAUUAAUAACGGCUCUAAGAUUAAGGGCUGGUGGGUAUUUCAACAUUAUGUCUCAACUUUCCUCUCUGGAGUAAUGCUGACUUGGCCUGAAGGAGAACGCUACCAAAUGUUUAGGAACCAGUUCCUGUCUUACUCUAUGUAUAUAAAUUUCGUCCAGUUUCUUCAGUACUACUACCAGAGUGGCUGUCUCUACCGACUUCGUGCCUUGGGAGAGAGACACAACAUGGACCUCACAGUUGAGGGUUUUCAGUCCUGGAUGUGGAGGGGACUAACUUUUCUGUUGCCUUUCCUUUUCUUUGGCCAUUUUUGGCAACUCUACAAUGGAAUCACACUUUUCCAAAUGGCUCAACUGCCAGAAUGGAAAGAGUGGCAGGUCCUUAUGUGUGGCUCCACCUUCCUUGUGCUGUUUAUGGGAAACUUCUUCACAACAUUGGGUGUAGUUUACCAAAAAUACACAAAUCAGGACAAAGCAAAAGAUUUAUGAAAGAAAACCAAACACUCCCAAAGUCUUUCUCCACAGAGAAAUUCUUUUUUGUUUUAUACAAAUGUUUUUAUGGCCUUAGUUGUGCUGUAUAUUAUUGUGUGAAGCUUUAGUUUCACUCUUUACUGUACUGCAAUUGUAAUGUGCUUUUCUAAUUUACAGAUUUUAACUUAAAAUGUAUGCAUAACAUGAUGAAUGCUAAUACAGUCAAUAUGAAACGAAGUAAGGUGACACUUCAUAGCUCCUCAUAGUUUGAUCCUGAGUGUCUGAGCAGGAGUUAGUUUGUGUUCUACCUAUGUCAGUGUGAGUUUCCUCUGAGUUUUCCAGUUUCUUCCCAUCUGGUUGGUGGAUUGGCUACAGUAAACUGCCCUGAGUGCGAGUGUACGUGUACGUGGUGCCCUGUCAUGGACUACCAUCCCAUCCAGGGUGUAUUCCUGGCUCAUUGUUCCUGGAAUAGGCUCUGGACCUACUGGGACAGGGCCCAUGAUAAAGCACUUACUGAUGGAUGGAUGGAUGGAUGGAUGAAUAAAUUGAUGAAUGAAUGAAUGAAUAUUGAACAAAAAGCUGAAUGCAGCUUCUUAUGCUGUGCAUUAGGUUAAAAUAUUUUAUUAAUCUGAAAGUCAAAAUAAAAAUGGCUUAACCAAUUUUUAUUAAACUUAACUAAGCACCAUUUUAGGAUUUUUACAAUAUUGUAAUAAUUAUUUUGGCAUGAUUAGUGUUGGAAUGUAGGACUAAGUAUAAAAUGAUUUUAUCUUAAUCCACUGCAAUCCUAAAACCAAGGAAGGUAAUGGGCACAGUCAGAGGUUAAACGUGUUUUUUAAAGUUAUUAAUAUGUGACUCCAAUAAUCAAUUAAAGAUCUGACAAAAAUCUUUUAUUCA